ACCUUGGGCGAGGAGUUCGGAGCCGCCCCAUCGCAGAGCCCACGGCCCGCCGAGCGCGAGCGACGCAGGUGUCCGAGUCCCGGCGCCGCGGCGGCCAUCUCUGCCUUCCGCGUGGGUUGGACCCGGGCAACGAGGUCUACUUCUCUGAAGUAAGAUGACUUGUCAAAAUUUCUGUGUGGCUUUGUUACAUUGGGAAUUUAUUUAUUUGACAACUGCAUUUAACUUGGCAUAUCCGAUCACUCCCUGGAGAUUUAAGCUGUCUUGCAUGCCAACAAAUACAACCUAUGACUUCCUCUUGCCAACCGGAAUCUCAAAGAAUACUUCCAAUUUGAGUGAACAUUAUGAGGCAGUUGUUGAAGCUAAAUUGAAUUCGAGUACUACCUACUUUUCUAACUUAUCUUCCAAAACAACUUUCCACUGUUGCUUUUGGAGCAAGGAAGAUAAAAACUGUUCUGUACAUGCAGACAACAUUGAAGGGAAGGCAUUUGUUUCAACAGUGAAUUCUUUAGUUUUUCAACAAAUAGGUGCAAACUGGAACAUACAGUGCUGGAUGAAAGAGGACUUGAAAUUAUUCAUCUGUUAUAUGGAGACAUUAUUUAAGACUCCUUUCAAUACUUAUGACCUUAAGGUCCACCUUUUAUAUAUUCUGCCUGAAGCGUUAGAAGAGUCACCUCUGGUCCCCCAGAAAGGCAGUUUUCAGAUUGUUCAGUGCAACUGCAGUGUUCACGACAGCUGUGAAUGCCAUGUGCCUGUGCCAACCGCCAAACUCAACCACACUCUCCUUCUGUAUUUGAAAAUCACGUCUGGUGGAAUAAAUUUUCAGUCACCUCUAAUGUCAGUUCAGCCCAUAAAUGUUGUGAAGCCUGAUCCCCCAUUAGGUUUACAUAUGGAAAUCACAGAUGCUGGCAAUUUAAAGAUUUCUUGGUCCAGCCCAACAUUGGUACCAUUUCAACUUCAAUACCAAGUGAAAUAUUCAGAGAAUUCUUCAACAAAUAUGAGAAAAGCUGAUGAAAUUGUCUCAGCUACAUCUCUGCUGAUAGACAGUGUGCUUCCUGGGUCUUCAUACGAGGUUCAAGUGAGGGGAAAGAGACUGGAUGGCCCAGGAAUCUGGGGUGACUGGAGCACCCCUCUUAUCUUUACCACACAAGAUGUCAUAUACUUUCCACCUAAAAUUCUGACAAGUGUCGGGUCUAACGUUUCUUUUCACUGCAUUUAUAAAAACGAAAACGAGAUUGUUUCCUCAAAAAAGAUUGUUUGGUGGCUGAAUUUAGCUGAGAAAAUCCCUCCGAGCCAGUAUACCGUGGUGGGUGACCGUAUUAGCAAAGUCACCUUUCCAAAUUUGAAUGCGACCAAGCCUCGCGGGAAGUUCACCUACGACGCAGUGUACUGCUGCAACCAGCAGGAAUGCCACCAUCGCUAUGCGGAGUUAUACGUGAUUGAUGUCAAUAUCAAUAUAUCAUGUGAAACUGAUGGGUACUUAACUAAAAUGACUUGCAGAUGGUCGACCAAUGCAAUCCAAUCACUCAUGGGAAGUACUUUGCAGUUGAGGUAUCAUAGGAGCAGCCUUUACUGUUCCGAUGUUCCAUCUAUUCAUCCCAUAUCUGAACCCAAAGAUUGCCAUUUGCAGAGAGAUGGUUUUUAUGAAUGCAUAUUUCAGCCCAUCUUUCUAUUAUCCGGCUAUACAAUGUGGAUUAAAAUCAAUCACUCUUUGGGUUCACUUGACUCUCCACCAACGUGUGUCGUUCCUGAUUCCGUGGUGAAACCACUGCCUCCAUCCAGUGUGAAAGCAGAAAUUACUGUAAAAAUUGGAUUAUUGAAAAUAUCUUGGGAAAAGCCAGUCUUUCCAGAGAAUAAUCUUAAGUUCCAGAUUCGCUAUGGCUUAAAUGGAAAAGAAGUACAGUGGAAGAUGUAUGAGGUAUAUGAUGCAAAAUCAAAGUCAGCCAGUGUCCUGGUGCCGGACCUGUGUGCAGUCUAUGCUGUUCAGGUGCGCUGCCGGAGGCUGGAUGGCCUGGGGUAUUGGAGUAAUUGGAGUAGUCCCGCCUACACAGUUGUCAUGGAUAUAAAAGUGCCUACCAGAGGACCUGAAUUUUGGAGAAUAAUUAAGGAAGACACCACUAAAAAGGAGAGAAAUGUUACUUUACUUUGGAAGCCUCUGAUGAAAAAUGACUCAUUGUGCAGUGUGAGAAAAUAUGUGGUAAAACAUCAUACUUCCCGCAAUGGAACAUGGUCAGAAGAUGUGGGAAAUCACACUAAAUUCACUUUCCUGUGGACAGAACAAGCACAUUCUGUUACAGUUUUGGCUGUCAAUUCAAUUGGUACUUCUUUUGUGAAUUUUAAUUUAACGUUCUCAUGGCCUAUGAGCAAAGUAAAUACCGUGCAGUCACUCAGUGCUUAUCCUUUAAACAACAGUUGUGUGCUUCUCUCCUGGACUCUAUCACCCAGUGACUACUAUCUGAUGUAUUUUAUUACUGAGUGGAAAAUUCUUAAUGAAGACAGUGAAAUUAAAUGGCUUAGGAUCCCUCCAUCUGUUAAGAAGUAUUAUAUCCAUGAUCAUUUUAUCCCCAUUGAGAAGUAUCAAUUCAGUCUUUACCCAGUAUUUAUGGAAGGAGUGGGGAAACCAAAGAUAAUUAAUAGUUUCACCCAAGAUGACAUUGAAAAACACCAGAAUGAUGCAGGGCUAUAUGUAAUUGUGCCAAUAAUUAUUUCCUCUUCGAUCUUACUGCUUGGAACAUUGUUAAUAUCACACCAAAGAAUGAAAAAGCUGUUUUGGGAAGAUGUUCCAAACCCCAAGAACUGUUCCUGGGCACAAGGACUUAAUUUUCAGAAGCCAGAAACAUUUGAGCAUCUUUUUAUCAAGCAUACAGAAUCAGUGAUAUUUGGUCCUCUUCUUUUGGAGCCUGAAACCAUUUCAGAAGAUAUCAGUGUUGACACAUCUUGGAAGAAUAAAGAUGAGGUGGUACCAACAGCUAUGGUCUCUCUGCUUUUGACAGCUCCGGAUCUUGAAAAGAGUUCUGUUUGUAUCCGUGACCAGCACACCAGUGCUAACUUCUCUGAGUUGGAGAGCACCUUGAUAGCCCGUGAGGAUGAAAGCAGGAGGCCGCCCUCUGUUAGAUAUGCCACCCUCCUCGGCAGCUCUAAAUCAAGUGAAAUUGUUGAAGAGCAAGGGCUUAUAAACAGCUCAGUCAGCAAAUGCUUCUCUAGCAAAAAUUCUCUACCAAAGGGUUCUUUUUCUAACAGCUCAUGGGAGAUAGAAACCCAGGCAUUUUUUAUAUUAUCAGAUCAGCAUCCCGAUAAAAUUUCACCACACCUUCCAUUCUCAGAAGGAUUGGAUGAACUUUUGAAACUUGAGGGAAAUUUCCCUGAAGAAAAUAAUGGUGAAAGGUCUGUCUAUUAUUUAGGGGUCACCUCAAUCAAAAAAAGAGAGAGUGGUGUGUUUUUGACUGACGAGUCCCAAGUGCUGUGUCCGUUCCCAGCCCACUGUUUAUUCACUGACAUCAGAAUCCUCCAGAACAGUUGCUCACACCUUGUAGAAAAUAACUUCAAUUUAGGAACUUCUGGUCAGAAGACUUUUGUAUCUUACAUGCCUCAAUUUCAGAUUUGUCCCACUCAGACUCAGAAGAUAAUGGAAAACAAAAUGUGUGACCUAACUGUCUAAUUUCAUUCAAGAAUCUUCUCAGAUUUAUGUUAGAAUGAAUCAUGUGAAGUGUAAUAUAUGUCACUAUGGUUGUGGAUAUGGGAGAGGAAAGAAAACCGUCAAAAUUGGAAAUGAUUGUCCCCAAAUCAGUGGUAUCUGUCUUCACUCAGAAGGUAGACAAAAAAUGUGAGAAAGCCUUCAAGAGCCUGGCAAUGUAGACUGACUCUUCUAAUGAUUCCAUUAAAAAGCUCCACUGGGGAGGUCUCCAAUGGCUCGUUUUUAGCUGGAAACAAGCCCAACAAAUACCAUCUUUUGGGAACAUUACACCUAUGUAGAAAGAGCUAAUCUUCUCAGUUACACCUAAGUUUGAAAGAAGACUUCAAACUGAUACUUGUGAGAUGUAACUUGCUUCGAGGGUGUGGUUGUUUUACGUUGAGUUGUCUUUGUUUUCCACUGAUUUGCACAUACACCCAUUUAUACCUAAGAGGCAUCCUCGUACAUUUUUAAAGAAUGUGAUGUAUUUGUAUUUUGUGCUA